AUGGAAUCAUUGACUCUUGAUCGAUUAUCAAUUGAUCGUGUUCUUUGCAUUGGAAAUUAUCUUAAAUUAUGGAGACUUACUCUUGUUAAUCUUCCACUUAAAAUGGCAUGCCAUAUUUUCAAUGACGAGUCAUCAUUUAUUUAUAUGUUCAAACAUCAGAUUUUGCAUCUUGUCAUAAAGAUUAAUCAUAUUAAAUUUUCAGAAAAAAAGCAUGUAGCUACAAAUGUUUUUGCUAAUAUUUUUACUAUAUUCACCAAUCUAAAUCAUUUCGAAUUUGGUUUCGAAGAUCAUUUUGGAUAUUCUCCAUUAUCACUUAUUAAUUUAUCAUCUACAAUAUUUUAUUCAUCAAGUAUUAGUUAUUUAAAUGUGACGGUACAAUAUUUUAAUGACUGUCUUUGUUUACUUGAUGGACGUUUCACUCAAUUAUAUACAGUUAUUGUAAAGGUUGAAAUUAUCAAGAAUUCAUCACAAAUUAUAAAUAAUAAGAAAAUUGUGUCGAAUUUGAAAUGUUUCUCAUUGUUUUCACUUUAUGAAACAACUGAAUAUGAUAGUCAAAUUGUACCACUUCUUCAACAAAUGUCACAAUUGGAGAAACUCACAUUAUCGCUUUGUGUUACAAACCGAACAUCAUUUAUUGAUGGUACUCAAUUGUAUAAUGAUAUAUUAAAAAACAUGCCACAUUUACGAUCAUUCAUUUUUGAUAUCGUUACUGCAGGCAUUCAGAUGAAGGCCGAAUUACUACCGUCAUGUUAUGAUAUUCGGCGUACAUUCGUUCAAAGUGGCUAUCAUAUGGAUUGUUAUAUUGAUUAUUAUCAAAGCGAAGCAGGUCGAUGCCAUAUUUAUUCGCUUCCCUUUAAUAUGGAGCAUAUGCAUGCGAUUACUAACAAUUUUUCUGGUGGUCUCUUCAUGAAUGUUCGUCGCCUUUUUGUGACUGAUUCACUUCGUCCAUUUCAACAUUAUUUUUUUGCUCGAAUCUCAUUGUCUUUUCCAUUACUUACUAGCUUGGAAAUAUCCAAUUGGUAUCCACAGCAAAAGAAGUUCAUACACCAACCUGGUGAACCUGACCAAACAUCAUUAAUUAUUAUAUAUCCCCAUCUUGUGGAACUUAGUUUUGUUCUUGGAAAUAUUGACUAUGUCAAACAAUUUCUUCUUGAUUCAAAUAUGCGUUUACCUCGUCUUAACAAAUUACAUGUUAAUUAUAAUAAAUUGAAGUGUGUAACAAAUGAUUUCACAAAUGCAACUGCUCGUGCCAAAUGUGCAAAAUUAAAACAUAUUACUUUUGAUACAACUGAAACAAAAAUAGUAUAUUCAAAAAAUUUCUUUCUUUAUUUUUCAUCAUUGAAAAAAUAUGGAACAAAAAAUCUUCUUUUGACUUAA